UCACCACCCGGGCCAGCGGGGGCGCUCAGGCCUCCGCGGCGCGGUGAUGGCCGCCUCGCCGCGCGCGGAGCUGGCGGCCUCCAGUGUCCAAGCCCCGGUAAAUCCCAACACCCCAGCGCGGGCCGCCCAGGACGAGGACCCAGACUCUAGGCUUAUAGGCUUAGAGGAUCUGGCGGCCGUGGUGGCGGCCUUGGAGGAAGAGGAGGAAGAGGAGGAGGAACAGGAAGACGAGAAGAAGGCAGUGCAGCCGUCGCGGGCGAUGACUGACUUUAACAUCAUUUCCGGGGUGAAUAACCUAACAUACAUGAACUAUGAGGCCCCUGUGGACUUUUCUGAUAUUUACCACUCUAAUGAAGAAUAUUUCAGGAAACUAGAAGAGCUGAAGACUGCCCACAUGGAAACUAUGGCAAAGUUAGAGAAAAUGUACCAGAAUAAAUUAAAUUUAAAGAAAGUACAGCCAGUGAUCAUCAGGGAUGAAGCUUCUAGUGUCUCUUCCAUGUGUGUAUCAGAAAAGAACUAUCACCCUAUCUCGUUAAUCACAUCACUUUCAGAACCUGAUUUAGGUCAUUCUUCCUCCUUGAUUGUGUCUUCCUCUGAAGAUGAGCUGCCCAACUUAGAAAAAGACUAUCCUGAGAAAAGCAGAAUGAUGACCUAUGCUAAGGAGCUCAUCAACAACAUGUGGACCAACUUUUCUGUUAAAGAUUACAUUCAGUGUGAAGGUGCUGACUUCCCAGUAAUUAAAAAAACAGGGAAGAAAUCAAAAGAAUGGGUGCCAAAGAUUACAGUACCUGAGCCUUUUCAAAUGAUGAUUAGAGAACAGAAGAAAAAAGAAGAGAACAUGAAAUAUAAAUCAGAUAUUGACAUGGUACACAAACUGCUCAAAAAACAAGAAGAUUCAGAGUGUAAGAAAAAAUUCCGAGCCAACCCAGUUCCAGAAUUUGUCUUUUCCCCCCUUUAUCAUGACAUAGUCAAGCAAAAUGAAGAACGAAGGAGGAUAAUGAAGGAGAAAAACAAAGAAGCACUUUUGGCCUCACAAAAGCCAUUUAAGUUUAUUGCAAGGGAGGAACAAAAGCGAGCAAUCCGGGAAAAGCAGCUGAGAGACUUUAUUAAGUCUAAAAAGAAAACAAAUCGAUUUAAAGCCAGACCUAUACCUCGAUCUACUUAUGGUUCAACUACCAAUAACAGGUUAAAAGAGGAAGAGCUCUUUAGAAACAUUAAGACACAGCUGAGAGCCCAAGAACUUUUACUGAAUUCAUCCCCUCCGCCUUAUAGCCCACCUCACAGAAGUUUUGCUGCAAGGAAGCCCAAGACUCCCAAACAGGCUGAACAGCUGAAGUAUAAGUGCAAGUCCAGGAGCCCGAUUGCUGAUUUUGGAGAAGCUCCUGAGAGGUAUCAGAAGCACCUCCCAGAACAGAAAAGUCCAAAAAUCCUUUUAGUUUACAGACCAUCUGAUCAUCAUGCAGCCUCACAUGCAUCCACUAAAAGAGAGAAAAAUUUGGCAGAUAAUAAAGCAGAGGAAGAAAAUUUGAAAGAAACACAUUGGGCUUAUCAGUCUCUAAAGCACAAGUCGCCAGGAAGAAGUCCAAAUGCAAAGCGUGUGCCUUCUAACUGCAGCCCUCCAAUGCCCACAGUAUCUUCCAGAGGAAGAGAACAAGCCGCCAGGAGAUCACUUGAGGAAAAGAAAAUGUUGGAAGAAGAGAGAACUCGGAUCCUAACUAAGCAGAAACAAAGAAUGAAAGAAUUGCAGAAACUCCUGACAACCCGGACUAAGGCUUAUGACUCACAUCAAAGUUUAGCUCAAAUAUCUAAAUCCAGAAUAAAAUCUCUCAGAAAGAGUGAAAAGGAAAGGAUGAGAGAAUACCGACGAGAACUAGAAGAAAUAGAAGAAAAAUUAAAACACAGGCCACUACUAUUUCAAAGAGUUGCUCAGAAAAAUGCAAGAAUGGCAGCAGAAAAGCAUUAUUCUAACACCCUAAAAGCACUAGGAAUAUCUGAUGAGUUUGUUUCAAAGAAAGGCCAAAGUGGAAAAAUAUUUGAGUCCUUCAGCAAUCAAGAGAUGAAAAGUUUCACUGAAGAGAAAGAAAGCUUUAAUGAAGAAGAAAAUAUAGAAGAAAGAGAGAAUGGGGAAGAAAAUUAUUUUACUGAAACCAACAGCCAGGAUUCUUGUAAGGAAAAUGAAGCCGAAGCCGAAGAAGAAAGUGGAGAAGAGAACUCUGUUGAAGAAUGAAGCAGAAUCAGCAGGGCCUCCUUUCUGUGCCUGCGCUGUCAUCUGCAGCAUCCGGUGUUAGCAGCUUUGCUUGUUUGUUAGGAACAUGGAUGGGAAGGAACCCUUCUGAUGUGUGCAGGGCUCUUUAGCAAAGUUAUUUGUAGCCAAAAAGGCAAAUCCAGCUGAUUAGUCAUUUAGUCCGAGUAAGGCUUUGCCUAUUCAGUUUUUUAAAUUGCUACAUGGGCUCUGUUUGCAACUUUGCUCUUACUUGUAUUUUUUAAAAGCCGUUGAGAAUCAACAGCUGUCACAAACUGAUUAGUUAUUAUGUCAUUAUUUUUUGGUAGAAAAAAAUGGCUUAGCAUUGAGAGCAGAGAAAAGUAUUGUCCUUUGGUGAUUUGUUUGAAGAAAAAUUUCUAGAAACAUGACUCAAUACAUAUUUUAAAAUUGUACUGUUUGCCCAUUCUUUUUCUCUGGAAUACAUCUCACAAAAUGAACCCUCACAGUUGUUUUACUAGUUAAGUUUAUCUGAACCAUUUUUAUUUUUAUUUAAUUUUAAAAAUCUGGACCAUUUUUUAAAAGUAAUAAAAUAUAGAAAAAAAUAGGUACUUGCAAAUUUACAUUUAUUUCUGCACUGAAAGUUUAUUAAAUUAUCCACCCUAUUAUCAGUUUUUUCUUUUUUAUCUCUAGUUUUAUUCUAAAUUAUUUUUGACAUAGAAAUUAUUAGAAGUUUUUAUACAUAUUUUUUAACCUUGUGUAUUAUGACAGAUAUAAAUAAUUAUAGCAUUCUGAAUUAUAAUCUUACUAAAUAUCAAGCUGGUUUUAAAUGAGAUGAAAUUGUGCAUAAUAACUUGUCCAAGGCAAGUCUCCAAAGUAAUUCAGGCUUAUCUCUUUAAUACUAGAACCAGAAUGUUCAAUUUUUUACAUAUUAUUGCAGACACACUUUGUCUUUCUGAGAAUGAUGUUAAUUUGAUUUUAUGACUAUCAUUUUUCCUCUAUAAGAAAAUUUUUGUUGUAAAAAUUUAAACCAGUCAUAAAGAUGUGAUAGAGACAUUUUCUUUUAUAAAAAUAAUCAACUUAUAAAGAGUAUUAACUAAUAAAGGUAUAUAAUAGCAGUAUUUACCUACUGGAAAUUUAUGCUUUAAAUGAAGAAAUAAGGUGAUUUUUCCUAAUUAAGGGCAAAUGUUUAUUUGCUAUUCCUUUUUUAUAGUUUGUGUUAAACUAUUUGCCACUACCAUUAGACUGUAAACUCCUUGAGGGUUGGCAUCAUUUUAAAAUCCAUCUUUGUAUUCCUUUAAUAUUUUGCACAAGAUUGUGCAUAUCAUAGGUACUUAAUAAAGGUUUGGAUGAGUAAGUA